AUGAAUUGUCACCUUACACAGCACCUUUCUUUGACCAUAAAGAACAAUCUUGCCCAAGGCACCAUCUUCCUGAGGAACCUAGUCUGCGCCCGUGGCCAACCCUACGAGAAGGGCGGCACUCCCAGGCUCAUCUCCCCAGAAGAUGUCAAUCAGAUCUCAAUUCCACAUGGCCAAAGUGCCGUGGUAUCGGUCUGCGGAAGUGCAGCAUUUGGGCUAGGUAUCGAGGGAAUGAUUGAUCUCUACCAUGAUGAGAAGAGUUUGAUAACGUCCCUGUACUGGAAUGGACCUUGGGAACGGAUUGGGAAUCAGCUUCAUCUGGUCGACGAUGACCAAGAGCAUUACCUCGUGGAAGUUUCUAACCCUCCUUAUGAAGGUAUACUGGGAGAUCUCGCUGUUGAGGUCAGAGAAGUUUUUGUCAACAAUCCGCUGCAAUAA